GCUUCUUAACACCAACCUCCUCCUCGCAGCGUGGGAGUCGAGGUUGAGUUAGGGAAUCGAAGUACUGGCUAGCAUUGAAGAAAGCUUCUGGGUGACUAGUUAACUUGGUAUUUAUCGUCAUGUCGUCAACAGUCUUCUCUUCUAAAACCUCAACCGGAUGGGCGCCCGACAACCGACCAACGACGCGCCAUACAGCUACUAGUGGACGGCCAAGGACAGGAAGACCAACGACUACUGCUACAAGUGUUACUGUCCAGGAUAUCAUCUGUGCAAUUAGUGAAUCACGGGGAGUAUGCCCUACAGUUGGCCUUGCAUUCGUUAAUCUUUCCACAUCGGAGGCUGUGCUAUGCCAAAUAUGUGACAGCCAAACUUAUGCGCGGACAAUCCAGAAAUUGGCCGUGCUGGAACCCACGGAAAUUCUGUUUAUGAAGACUGCUCAAACACCAAAGUCAAAGCUCUAUGCGAUUGUGGAGGAGAAUCUCCCCCAGCGCACCAUAACAGCAAUUGACCGACGGUAUUGGGCAGAAAAGACGGGCCAUGAAUACGUUGACCAGUUAGCGUUCAAGGACGAUCUUGAAUCGAUUAAACUAUCUCUGGAGGGGAAUUAUUUUGCCUCUUGCUGUCUCGCAGCUGUUCUCACGUAUAUUGAACUUGAGCUCUCUAAAUCUUUCGCAUCACAUUCGCUUCGCAUUAAAUAUGAGCCUUCAGAUGGGUCCAUGAUGAUUGAUCUCUCCACUAUCAUUUCGUUGGAGCUAAUCCAAAAUCUCCAGCGUGCCAAGUCAAAGGACUGCCUCUUUGGGGUCCUAAAUGAGACCCUUACUCCAAUGGGCGCACGAUUACUUCGCAGUAAUAUCUUGCAGCCAUCUACAGAACCAACUAAGCUACUAGGGAGGUAUGAUGCCGUAGAGGAGCUUGCAACAAGGGAAGAUAUGUUUCACGGCGUUCGAGAAGCCCUUAAGUCAUUUGUGGACUCGGACAAAAUUUUAACUGCCCUCUGCGAUCCCUCACAAUAUGAAGUUAUCGAGUCGCUCCUCGAUUCAACGUUGAAUGCAGAUGUGUCGUAUCAAUCUCGGCCGCUUGACUUGCGAAAUCAGCGAACCUAUGCCGUCAAGGCCGGGGUGAAUAGCUUGCUGGAUGUUGCAAGGCAAACCUACAAAGAGGCAAAUACCGAUGUAAAUGAGCUUGCAUCUCAUCUUACGGAGGCUCACAAUCUCUCUCUCGAUUUACGAUUCGAAACUGCUCGCCAAUACUACUUUCGGCUCCCAGUGUCUGAUUUGGAAGAGAAACAAUUGCCCGGCGUUUUUAUCAACGUCUUUCGGAAGAGGUCCUAUCUAGAAUUUCAAACUCUAGAUCUUGUGAAAUUAAACCAGAAAAUCACCGACUCCCAUAAUGAGGUUAUCGCUAUGAGUGAUAAGAGCGUCCAAGAACUUAUCGAAGAUGUUAGAUCUGAAAUAUCCGUCUUAUUCCGCAUCAGUGAAGGCCUUGCGAUGCUAGACAUGCUAUCAACAUUCGCGCGGCUUGUGGUAGUUCAUGAUUAUGUUCGUCCUGAACUAACGGAUACCCUUGCAAUUAAGGCCGGAAGACAUCCAAUCCGGGAAAAAAUACAUUCGAACAAAUUCAUUCCUAAUGAUGCUUAUGCUACACAGCAAUCACGAUUUCAAAUUGUUACCGGGUGCAACAUGAGCGGUAAAAGCACAUAUAUACGCUCGAUCGCCCUCAUGUCUGUGAUGGCUCAAAUUGGCUGCUUCGUGCCUGCACAGUAUGCUUCUUUUCCCAUAGUUACUCAGCUUUUUGCACGUAUUUCUGCUGAUGACAACACUGAAGCCAAUAUCUCCACUUUUUCUGCUGAGAUGAGAGAGAUGGCUUUCAUUCUUCGUAACAUUGGACCCAGAAGCAUGGCUAUCGUCGACGAACUCGGCCGUGGCACUAGUACAGUCGAUGGCCUCUCUAUUGCCAUUGCGAUAUCUGAAGCGCUCGUGGAUAGUCAUGCUCUUGUUUGGUUUGCGACCCACUUUACCGAUUUGGCUCGAAUCAUGGCCCAUAGAAACGGUGUCGUCAAUUUGCACUUGGCCGUGGAGAUGUCUGCACCAACGUCGAAAAUGACGAUGUUGUACAAGAUUGCUGACGGCUACGUCAAGGAAAAGCACUAUGGUCUUUCGCUUGCAAAGCUCAUGCCCUUCCCCGCCAAAAUCUUACAAACUGCGCAAACCGUGUCAGAGGAGCUGAGUUUAAGGGCAACAAAGAGACAUAAUAAUCCAAAGGCGAUUGCAAUAGCCAAACGGAGACAGCUUCUACUUGCACUGCGUGAACAACUCCUUCAAGCAAGGGAUGGAGUAAUGGAGGGAGAAGAAUUGAGAAAAUGGCUUAAGAAAUUGCAGGACGACUUUACUUUGCGAAUGGCAGCGCUUGACGCAGAAAUUGCUCUGGUUAUGGACGAAGAAGUAAACGAAGAUAGUGUUGGGCAAACAGGACUGCAGGAUACUCCCAUGCUUGAUGAUGACAAAAAUAGCUCAACUAUAGAUUCUGAUGAAAUGACGGAUGUCACCAGUCCGAUCAUGCCUAACAAGGCAUUUUCCUGA